CAGCGCAGUCCUAAUCCCGCGACGACGACGAGAUGGACGACGGCGACGGAAGGGUCCGGUCGGAGGGAAUCGACGAGGCCGAAGGGCCCGGGCAGUCCAAAUUCCACGAAGUCUCCGUCGAUCACAACCGCGUUCACGACCUCUCCGACAACGCGGGCGUGCCGUCCGUGGACAGUCUGCGGCUCAAGUCAUUGCAUCACAUGACGUCUGAAGCCUAUCCGAGGGAGGAUCACUAUUGGAGCUUGAAGGGGGUUUCGCGGGGGUUCAAGAGGCCGACGUUGGACGAUCUCCAUGCCGUCGCGGUCGUCGGGGAAUCACAGGCGGCCCAAGAAAAGGGAGUGAAGGAAGGCCUCCAGAAGGGCGUCAUCAAGUUCGGCUGGAUAAAGGGAGUCUUCGUGAGUCUACCAAUCGCUUCCCAGAGCAGAAGCGCCAGCCAAUCAGGAAAGGGUUUCAUGCUUCCCAUGUGCCUCCCGCAGAUCAAAUGCCUCCUGAAUAUCUGGGGGGUCAUGCUGUUCCUGCGCGGGAUCUACUACAUGAUUUCGAGGUCUCUGGGCCCCCAGUUCGGCGGGGCCAUCGGCCUCAUGUUCAUGAUCGCCAACAGCAUCGCAUGCGCCAUGUACGUCAUCGGCUUCUGCGACUCCCUCAAGGCUCUGCUGGCCAACGAAUUCGACUCGCGUCCGAUCGGCGGCGGGGACAAUUUCACUCGGGUGGCGGGGUGUGCCUCCAUCGUCCUCAUCCUCGGGAUCGCCAUCGUCGGGAUCGACUGGGUCUCUCGGACGGAGAUCCUGCUUCUAGUGAUCCUGUUGGCCGCACAGGUGGACUUCGUCAUCGGAACGAUCAUCGGCCCGACGAAGGAGAAUAUGGCUCGUGGUGUCGUCGGAUACAAAAUGGAGGUCUUCGAACAAAACUGGGCGCCUGCGUACGGGCCUUCGGGGAUCGAGCCGAAAGAGCAGGACUUCUUCAGCGUCUUCGGCAUCUUCUUCCCGGCCGUCACGGGAAUCGUGGCUGGGGCCAACUUCUCUGGCGACCUUAAGGUGGGCUGUCCCCCUGCAUUAGGAACAGGCGAAAUCAUCGAUGUGAAUAAGGCGAAUGGAUUGAAGGAAAUGUCCCUGGUGGCUGCGGGACACGAGACAGAAAGCAGCACCCAAGGGUUCCAGGGAAAGGGAUGGGAGAAAUACAGUGUAUCAUUUCCCUACGAAUUGGCUCAUUAA